AUGAAUAUGGAAAUUAAUUCCAGUUUAAAGCAGAGAAAUAAUACAAGAGAAUCCUUUGAUAAUGGAAAAUUAAUAUUUACAGAUAAUGAAUUAAAUAGUUGUGUGGAUAAAGUUGUUGUAAAUACUAAUUCUAAUAUUAGUGAACAUGAAAUUGGUGAAAGUAAUAAUACUAAUAAUAAUAAUAAUAAUAUAUCAUCUGAAAUGUUCAUAGGAGAAGAAUUGAAAAUACCGUUGGAUUCUGAACAUCAUUCGAUAAUUAAUAUGAAAAAAGAAAGAAAUGAAGAAAAUUAUUUCCAUAUUUAUAAUAAUAAAUAUAUUAACAAUAAUCUUGAAAAAUGGGCUCCAGCUUAUACUCCAAAUUAUUUAAUUAUAAUUUAUAUUUUAGUAGGUAUCACAUUUAUAACUAUUGGGGUUUAUCUUCAAAUUCUUUCAAAAAAUACAAUCGAAUGUAUUAUUAAUUAUGAAGAUUCACCAGGAAAUGGACUCACAAUUGAUACAUUUGUUGAAAUAAAAAGUGAAAAUUGUAAUCCUUCAAUGAUUAGUGGUACUGAAAUAAAAUAUUUACAUGGUGAAUUCUUCUUAUAUUAUCAAUUGAGAAAUUUUUAUCAAAAUAAUAAUUUGUUUGUUAAUAGUAGAAGUGAUAGACAACUUUCUGGAGAAUUAAUAUAUAAUGAAGAAAUUUUAUCUGAAUGUUAUCCUUUUAUUAAAGAUAAACAAGAAAGAAUACUUUAUCCAUGUGGUAUUGCAGCUUAUACUAUUUUUAAUGAUACAUUUACAAUUUCAGACGGUCAAAAUGAUCCAAUAGAAAUUGAUGAUUCUCUGGAAACAAUAACUUUUAAAACUGAUCAAAUGAUUUUUAAAAAUAUACCUGAAAAUGAAUUAGUUAAACAUAAAUUUAAUGAUUGGUUACCAAAAGAUAUUUUUCCUGGUAGAAUUGAAAAUCCUCAUUUUAUUGUAUGGAUGAAAUUUUCACCUUUUUCAAAUUUUAAUAAAAUUUACGGUAAAUUAUAUUCAAAAAAAAAUAAACUUAUUUUACCUCUAAAAAUACAUAUUAAAAAUAGAUAUCCUGUGCAUUUAUUUAAUGGGUCCAAAUAUAUUGUUAUUUCACAAAGUACUAUUUUUGGUGGAAAAAAUCCAUAUUUUGGUAUUUUUUAUAUAAUUUCCGGUAUUUUUUUUAUUUUAAUUUCUUUAUAUUAUAUUGUCAGAAACAAAUUCAACACAAAUACUCUUGGAGACUUCAGAUAUUUGUAUUGGAAUUCUACUUAG